AUGUCCCUGUUUGGCACGUCGCCAGACGACUCCUCAGUAGCUGAUUCAGCUCGGAGAUCUAAGUCCUCCCUAUUCGCUGACGAACCUUCCUUCGGUGGGGGCGGUGCCGGCUUCGGCUCUUCUUCUCUCUUCGCCGAUGACGACGGUCUAAGCUCCCCGUGGAGUAGCAACACUGGCAAGCGAACAUCCAAACAACAACUGGUCAAGACCUUGCUACCGGACUCGGAUGUCCCUGAGAGCUAUAUCGAUGCCUACGACCUUGUUCUGAGUGUGGGGGAACGAGCGGGCACUGGCAUUGGCUUGACGUCCGUCCGGGAACUACUCUCUGGCAGCGAACUCACGGCCACGGAUCAGGCCAAAAUUCUUAAUCUUGUUCUCUCUGGCGAUACGGGGCGAUCGAACGGGCUAGGUCGUGGCGAGUUCAGCGUUCUCCUAGCUCUCAUCGGUCUCGCACAGGAGGGCGAAGAUCUUACAUUCGACACAGUUGACGAUCGGCGUAAGAAGCUACCAAUACCCAGAAGCUCAUAUUUGGACGCACUGCGUGCGAAACAAGAGUCCGCCAUGUCUACCCCUUCCGAUGAACGCCCUGCCACACCUCCUCCGUCCGCUCCCGUCCAAGAACCCGGCUCCGUGCAAUCGCGCCGAUCAGGCAGAGGCUCGAUCGGUGGUCUGGAAGCCGACCCGUGGGGCAGCCCCCAGCUACAUCGCGGUCAUGCGCACGCGCAGAACGAACACGAUCAGCGCACGUUAAACGGCUUUGGAACCACUCGGUCGGCGACCAAUGCCUGGGGCAGCAGCAAGGCUAGUGAUGGGAGCAACUCAGUUGGACAUCCUGCUGCGGUUGGUAGCACAAAUGAUCGACCGGAGACUCAUAACUCGAACAGCUCCGGGUUCGGGUGGGGAGACAACUUUGCGCAAAACCCCGAUGGUGCAGGCCUCGGAGGUCCAGUCCGAGCUGGGCUUGGAGACUUUGGCCGAUCGGGUAGUGACCAGAGCGACGCAAACCCAGGCCGUCGUUCCCUUGGUCUCGACCGGGUCACUAGCCCCCACGUCAAGGAAGUAGUUACGGUGACGCUGCUGCAGGAGAAGGAGGGAAUGUUCAUGUUCCAGCAUCGCAAUUACGAGGUCAAAUCGGCCCGUAGAGGAAGUACGGUUGUUCGACGCUACAGUGAUUUUGUUUGGCUUCUUGAUUGUCUUCAUAAACGAUACCCCUUCCGCCAGUUGCCUCUCCUACCGCCGAAAAGAAUUUCAGUCAAUGGCACUCACCUCGCAGCGGAUUCAACAUCUUUCCUUGAAAAGCGCCGACGCGGCCUCGUCCGAUUUACCAAUUCCCUUGUUCAACAUCCUGUGCUCAGCCAGGAACAGCUCGUGGUCAUGUUUUUGACGGUACCGACGGAACUUUCUGUCUGGCGCAAACAAGCAACAAUAUCCGUACAAGACGAGUUUGCUGGUCGUGUCCUGCCUCCGGAUCUCGAAGAUUCAUUACCUGCUACCCUUACGGAUACCUUUGAUACGGUUAGGAGUGGUGUCAAAAAGUCUGCUGAAGUCUACAUCAACCUCUGUACGCUUCUGGAACGGCUGGCUAAGCGCAACGAGGGGCUGGCUGCGGAUCAUCUGCGUUUCUCUCUUGCCUUGCAAUCCCUCACGGAGAUGACGAAGGACACAUACGCGGUAGACACCAAUGAUGUGCCUCUAUUGAAUGAAGGCAUCAAGGCCACAGCGAGACAUUUAUCCUCGAGUCAAAGUUUGCUAGAGGAUGAGGCGCGGGCGUGGGAAGACGGCAUGUUGGAGGAUCUGAAGCGCCAGCGCGACAACCUUGUAAGCGUGCGAGAGAUGUUCGAUCGACGAGAUCGGUAUGCUCGCAACAACAUUCCGCAAUUAGAGCGACGGAUUGAGACCAACGAGCGCAAGCUCCAGGAUCUCCGAGCACGACCUCAAGGCAAUGUCAAGCCUGGGGAGAUCGAAAAGGUUGAAGAGUCAAUUUUCAAGGACAAGGAAUCGAUCGUGCAACAACAUGCACGAGGGGUUUUCAUCAAGGAGUGUAUCCGUGAUGAGCUCGUGUAUUUCCAACAGAGCCAGUAUCACAUCAGCCGGCUGCAUCAGGACUGGAGUCAGGAGCGAGUCAAGUACUCGGAGCUGCAGGCUGACAACUGGCGGUCACUGAGCGAACAAGUGGAAGGGAUGCCUCUAGGGGACUGA